AUGAGUGAAGCCGCAGAAACCCAGAGCUAUUUAGAUUCACUCUCUGACAGGGAGUCGUUUUCAUUACUGGAUUCUGAUGGUGACGAUGAUGACAGCAGACAAGAGGUAUCAAAUUUGGUUGGCGCGGAGGAACGGCAGACGGGGAUGUUCUCAUCAGCAACUGCAAGUGACGGACAGGCAACGCCCAGACGCUGUAAAACCGAACGAGGAACUACCGGGGCUCCUGAGAAACGGGAAGGUAAAAGUGAUCGUAAAACGGCCAAGCAGAUGACUGAGCGAAAACGUCGAGACCGUAUUAAUGCCCUGUUAAGCACUGUACGGACAUUAAUAUUGAGGCUGCUACAUAAAAAUCCUAAACAUCAUCGUAAGCUUGAGAAAGCCGAUAUUCUGGAGUUGGUUGUUUCGUAUCUGAAGCGGGAACUGAACAAAACCAGACGUACCACCGAAUCUACGCAAGGAUACAAUCCAGUUGGGCCUACAUCUCAAAUGGAAUUCAAUCAGCAAGCCGAAGUGAAUUGCUCAGACUUUCAGAAACCAAGUUGCGCUUCUAUCAAACCUCAGGAUCUACCCAUUGGACAGCAUCAUUACCACACGUACAACUUACCUUCUUUGCACUACCAGGACCCUCAUCAGACUUCGCAUUCCACGUUCAAUUUACUUCCAGGGAAGUCCUUUCAUGAGUCUGCAUUCAAUCGACCAGCAGGAACAGCCUGCACAACAAGGAGGCCUCUCGGCAAACUAGAUAACAGUGAGAGGGUAAACCGUGUUCCAGAUCAGUUUAACGGGCCGAUCAUACAUCCCUUGCCAAAUCCGAACGUUGCCUACGAACAGUUCGCCCGAUUUCACUUCACAAUGGAACAACCCAUUCCAUCCUCAAACGUACCCACUCUUACCUAUCCUUCCUGCUGGGCCACAGUACCGGGCACUGGUUAUCGCACCGACGAAAAUGGGCACCACCACCCUUGUAUAACCCAGACGCAUUCUCCUCUGUGGAGACCGUAUAUGUGA